AUGCAAGCUCCGAGAACGACCAGCGACAUUAUCGGCUUGUUCAAAGAGCGCGGUCUCCCCGUGAAACGCAGUCUUAUCGAUGCUAUUGACGAUGAAUUCGUUUAUUCCAAGACCAGUGCAGAGACCCAAGAAUGGGUCUCCACCCAUUUAACUGCGGACACCCUCCUGUCGCGGGAGGAGGCUACCUUAUACGAAAAACUCGAUUCUUCCGGUGCUCUCCAGCCCAUCCUGCACGAUCCCAAUCUUGGCGCAACGAGACCAUUCCAUGAAGAUGAGAUGCGCUCAGCGAUAGCGUCCUUGGAGGCGUCGACAACGGCGAUUGAAAGACAGACGAAGACACUCUCAUUUCAGUGUGAGAUGCUACGGAAGCAAUUGCAAAACCAGGAAGAAUGGGCACAAGAACGGGAUCGAGACCUUGCUCGUUUGCUUGGGAAGCAUGAAGCCGAGAAACAGAGAACAGAAGUUGCUGCCAAAGAAUUAUCAGACGAGCUCGAGGCGAGCUUCAGAAACAUGGUAGAAAAGACCGCAAUGGACAACAAGCGGAUCCUCGCUCUGCUUUCUUCUCGAUUAAAGCAGGACGAUAGAGAACUCGCCGAACUCGAGGACCUCAUCUCUAAGAUCAAGUUUGACGGCAAUGACGCAGCAACUGUAGAACGGGCUGGUCAGCUCAGCGACCUUCUUGCGGGAUAUCGUGCGGAGGAGAUCCACUACCGGCUGGACCGGCUGUAUCUGCAAGACAUGCUGGCUGAAUCCUCAAAGCCCUCAUCUUCAGGGUCAGAGCCGAUUUUAGCGCGCAGUAAUGAUGUGGCAGCGUUGGAGGAAGAGCUUGCGGCGCUCUACCCGGAGAUUGAGAUUCUUGCAGAAAUGUCUACGAAGCAACAAUACCAAGACCCUAUUCUGCGAGCCAUUCACCACCAGCACAGUCGGUUACAAGUGGCAUCUGAACAGCAACUAGAACAGGUCCUCGAUGUCCUUAUCGACAUGACUCAAUCCAAAAAGGGCCUCACUGAGAAGCUCCGCGAACGGGAGUCCUGGUGUGAGCUCCUCGAGCAGCUGGCCAACCUCUACCAAGCCGAAGUGGGCCAACCGCUCACCACUCAGCCCCCUUCUAGUCGCCGCGACUCACUGCGACGUCGAUCCCUUCAGCCAGGAACCCUCUUAGCCGUGCCGCGUUCCUCCGAUGUCAUCUCUUCAAACAUCUCAGAAAUCGCGGCCCUAGGGAGCCUACUCCGCCGACUCGGGGUCUCGCCCGAGUCGCUUGCUCGUGCACAUGCAGAAAAUGGCGACAGCGGAGGUCAAAACUUGUAUGAGAAGCGUCUGGAAUUCACCGAGACCCUACAGGCUUUGAGCCUGGCGGGUGACGCGCCUCUGCUCUCCGAGUUGGGCUCUGCAGACAAGGCAUACUACCUCUUAGCUUCCGCCUUGCAUCGUGACUCGGAGUAUGCCAUCUCCCUGCGUGAUGGGAGUCUCAAGAAGGCAUUGUCUGACUUGGACUCGGAGCUCGGCCAAUUGCAAAAGGGUAUUCAGGGGUUGAACCUUGGGGUUUUGCACCAGAGGGACCCGCGACGGGAUCGAUUCAUGGAGAGAUGGGGAGUCUGA